AUGUUUGGUUUGCCUGUUGACACAAAAAGAAAGUAUAGGACAAAAACAUCCCAAGGAAACUCCUUUAACCCUGUGUGGGACGAGGAGCCGUUUGAAUUCCCAAAGGUGGUCCUACCUACACUUGCCUCCCUUCGCAUUGCCGUGUUUGAGGAAGGUGGAAAGUUUGUUGGUCACAGGAUUCUGCCAGUGUCUGCAAUACGACCAGGAUAUCACUACAUCUGUCUCAGGAAUGAAAUUAAUCAGCCUCUGUGUCUCCCGGCUUUGCUUGUCUAUACCGAAGUAAAUGACUAUAUUCCCGAUAACCAUCAAGAGUACAUCAAAGCUCUGAUGUUCCCCACCCAACAUGUCAGUCUGGAUGAGAGGGCCAAGAAACUUGUGGCUCUGAUUGGAGACACUGAGCCCAGCAAUGCAGAUAAACCACAAGAGAAGAAAAAGACGGAAAUAGCAAGUGUCACUCCUCAGAUACCUACAGGUAUCAAGAAGCAAUCCAUUACACCGCUAUCACCUAUAGCUCACCGGGAUGACCUCAUAGCAAGUGUAUUAACAGAUGUACAAGCACCAUCCUUGGAGGAGCUAAAGUUACAGAAAAGUUUUGUGAAGUUUGCUUUGUCGGCAGUACCGAGAAUUGCGUCACAUGCACCGCAAGCACCUGCGCAAAGUAUCCUCCCUGUGCAAGGAGCAGAACAGCAGAGUCAUACAGCUGCAGAGCAUACGAAAGAAGAGAUUUGGGAAAAGUUCAAAAGGUGGACAAGAUUUUCACUCAGAGCAGGAGGAGCAGCAGAAGAAGCUGAUGGACCUGCAGGGGGAGCAGCAGAGGCGCCUCCUAGAGAUGAGGGAACUUCAGCAUGAGCAAGAACGCAAAAUCAAACACAUCCACUUGCAGCAGGCUGUUCAGAAGCUGCUGGACGUAGCUCAGUCGUGCCAUACUGCCCAGCUGAAGAAAUUAAAAGAAACUAAUGAAAAGGAGAAGAAAGAAUUACAAAAGAUGCUGGACAGAAAGAGACAUAACAGCAUUACCGAGGCCAAGUCACGAGACCGCCACAAGAAGGAUGGAGAACUCACAGAGAUCAAUAGACGUCACAUCAAUGAGUCAGUAAACUUUCUACGCAGUUUAGAAGAAGCACAAAAGAGGCGUCAGGAAAAGUUACUAGCUGCUCACCUGGACACGAUACAGAGGAUAAAGGAUGAGGAGCCUAAGCUGAUGGCCCAGUUGGAAGAGGAGUGCCAAGCUGAGUUCCGACAGUUACCCCAGGAAGUUCGGCGAUAUCUGCAAGAGGAGGGAGGCAGCUGGGGUGGGGGGAGUUCAGGCCCUCCAUCUUCUACACAGAGCACCCCAUCUUCUAUCACACGUGGCUGGGGAUCAGAGCUUGGAGAUGGGGAUAAUUUACAGACCCCAGAGGACUCAAGUGAUGAAGCUACUCGACUUUGA